UAUGUAAUUCUUAAUUUAUGUGCCUAGCAAGGUAGCACUUUAAUUAUUAGAGUCAAAGAAAGAGGAGAAGAGAGAAAAGAGAGAGAUGGAGGAGGUGUUUCUGUUAAUGAAAGUGGCUUCUUCUCUUGCUCUUGUGGGCAUUUUGAGCUGGAUACUUUAUCUUUAUGGUGAUCUGUGGCAGAAAUCUCAAAGGGUCAGAAAGAGGCUCCAAAUGCAAGGUAUAAGAGGGCCUCCACCUUCUUUUCUACAUGGGAAUCUACCUGAUAUGCAGAGAAUUCAAUCACAGGCCAGCAUAGCCAAAGCUACUACCUCCAAUCAUUCUGAUCAGUUUCUAGCACAUGACUACACUGCAACCCUCUUCCCCUAUUUUGAACACUGGAGGAAACAAUACGGUCUGCUAUACACUUACUCUACAGGGAUGAAGCAACAUUUGUAUGUGAACCAACCCGAUCUAGUGAGAGAAAUAAAUCAGAGUAUAACUUUGGAUUUGGGUAAGCCUUCUUACAUAACAAACAAACUUGCACCUAUGCUUGGCAAUGGCAUUUUGAGAGCCAACGGGCUUAGUUGGGCACACCAGAGGAAACUUGUUGCAGCUGAGUUCUUCAUGGACAAAGUUAAGGGUAUGGUGGGCCUAAUGAUAGAGUCAGCGCAGCCAUUACUACUAAAAUGGGAGGGAUUUAUUGAGAGCGAAGGAGGAAGCACUGCAGAGGUUAAAGUUGAUGCAGAUUUGAGGGGCUUCUCCGCUGACGUUAUUUCAAGGGUUUGUUUCGGCCAUUCUUAUUCCAAAGGAAAGGAAGUUUUCUCAAAGCUUAGAAGCAUACAGAAGGCAAUGUCCAAACAAGGCUUUCUUUUUGGGAGCGGUUUCCGUGAGAAACUGAAAUUCACUUCAAAGAAGCAAAACGAGAUAACGAGUCUGGAGAAAGAGAUAGAGUCACUGAUCUGGGAGUUAGUGGAGGAACGGAAGAGAGAAUGUUCAGAGACAUCCUCAUCUGAGAAAGAUUUGAUGCAGUUACUGCUGGAAGCAGCAAUCACGGAUCAAAGUCUAGGGAAGGAGUUUUCGAAGCGAUUCAUUGUGGAUAACUGCAAAAACAUAUACUUUGCUGGGCAUGAAACCACUGCUGUUGCAGCCUCAUGGUGUUUGAUGCUUCUUGCUUUACACCCUCAAUGGCAAACUCGUAUAAGGAAUGAGGUUGCUCAACAUUGCCCCAAUGCCAUACCUGAUGCUGAUUCUCUUCCUAUGUUGAAGACGGUGACUAUGGUGAUUCAAGAAGUGCUACGUUUAUACCCACCAGCAGCAUUUGUGUCAAGGGAAGCAUAUGAAGAUAUCCAAAUUGGAAACAUCACUGUGCCUAAAGGCGUUUGUUUAUGGACUCUGAUCCCAACGUUGCACAGAGAUGCUGAAAUAUGGGGACCAGAAGCUAAUGAGUUUAAACCAGAAAGGUUCAGUGAGGGUGUCUCUAAGGCUUGCAAGUUUCCACAUGCGUAUGUGCCAUUUGGGUUGGGUACUCGCUUGUGUUUGGGGAAGAACUUUGCAAUGGUUCAAUUGAAGGUUGUGCUAUCCCUUAUCAUCUCCAAGUUCAGCUUCUCUCUGUCCCCUAGUUAUAGGCAUUCUCCAGCGUAUAGAAUGAUUGUAGAACCAGGACAUGGUGUAUAUAUUCGCAUUCAGAAGAUUUGACCCCAUCGGAGAUGAUGACACAAAUAAGUCAACUUUAACGUGCAAGCUUUUGGUUUUUCUUUUGCAUACGUGCGUGUGUAUGUUGGGUGUU